AGCUGCUGCCUUCGUCUCCUUUAUCAUCGCCGCGUCUCCUUGAUUACGGUUCAUCAACGCGCGGAGGAAGUGGGCUAUGCUCACCAGCGCGCGGUAAACCAGAGUAUGACGUCGCAAGGUUCUUCACGGCACGCGACCUUGUCGACCUCAUCAAUAACCUAUACAAGGCCGCAAAGAUUGCCGGGGACGAGGAGAGCAGCUUACAUGGCGACGAGCAAGCGAACCGUGUGAAGGCGAAAUGCAGCAAGGUCUGUGGCCUGUCCAAUCGUCUCAUCGACCUCUACGUCGCAACCAUCAAAGCCAAGGUGGCAAGGAUCCUGCGGAAGCUCGGGCUGGGACAGGAGAAGGGACAGGAGUUGCUCUACCACCACCUUGGACUGCUGCAGACUCUGGUGGACCAGGCGUUCGGGGCGUUCAAUGCGGUGCAGCAAGCUGAGGCGGCUCGCAUUAAACAGGCCAAGACGGGUAAUGAUGUUCGACGCGAGAACUCCGCAACACUGACAUGGCGCACACCUGCGGAGCGUAGGCCGUCUUUCAGGCCAGGCUCGCACGGCAGCUUGCCUCAGCCAGUGCAGCACUUGGACAUCAAGGACCUGCUGGAGGAGGCCCACAAGCAGUUCACCACGAUGGCUGAAGAGCUGCUGGAACUUAAGAUCAAGCUGGUUGCAGUGGAUCGCGCCCGCCUGCAGGAGGCCGUGGUCGCCGCCGAAGCGGAGGGUGAGGUACCUGAUCCGCUGCCCAAGAUAAAGCCGACUGCCGACUUUGUUGCAUACGGCUUUUGCUCCCGCUACACGGGGGACAGCAACGGUGGCGUAGAUUUCGUUAAGGCCGGCAUCUCCCGCACAGCUCGCGACGCGAUAUCAUCGGCCCAGAGUCGCCGGACGUCACGCCUUGUCCGCUCCACCGAGACCUCACCAGCAGUUACUCCACAACUACCCUUACCUCUCACAACGGCGGCGUAUGCGGAAAUCAACACCGGCGGCAGCCGCAGCCCCCGGGGAGUGUCAGAGCCGGGCCAAGAACACGGCCAUCAGGUGCAUGUGGCAUGGCCGUUUUCACCUUUACGGACCGGCGGCUCUGGGGUGUCAGGGAAGCACCGCAAGGGUGUCUCAGAUACAGGCGAGGCCAGCCGUGGCGUUCUGAGGACGCCGCCUAAGAGCCCCAUCGUUCCACGACUCGCAUUGCAUCGCCUUGUAGAACCUCAUUCGGCUGGAAAGACUGUGGGGGGCCAUAGCCCGCUUGGAGCCGCAGAGUCGGGAUACGGCAGUGGCAGCCAGGCGUCUGGAGCGGGGCUUACCUCGCCGUCGCGUAGCAGUCUGUCUUGCACGUCUGCGAAGCAGCGCAGCGCCAUAGAUUCGGGGGAUGCUAGCCACGGUGGCCAGAAGACGCCAACCAAGGGAGCCGUGUUCCGCCGGCAGCAAUCCAGGAGCAAAGAGACGUCCGCAGAAGUGAACGGCCAUAAGCCCCCUGUGCUUGCAGCGUUUGGGAGGUGCGUGCCUAGCAGCCCGGCCGGCCAUGCCUCGAAGAUAACGUCGCCGUCGACUGUGAGCGGAAGAGCCAUGGUGGCGCGGGAAGGCGCCGUUGUGCAUAGUACCACCACGCCAACGACAACAUCCGACACCACUCCGCCACCCCUCCACCAUGCCCCCGAUACGCCGCUGACCUUUGACACGCCGCGUUCGGAGGGGCCGCGCGGGUAUGUUCCUACCAGCGCCGAGGCUGCCAGCGACGGCUUCGCAUUUGACGAGGCUUUGCCGACGUCCGGUGACCCGUACUCUGACCUCAAGAUGCAGCUACAGGCACGGACGACGACCACUGAGAUCCUUUCGCUUCAAGCCGCAAGGUUUGGAGAGCAGCUUGUGCACCUGGAACAAGAGAAGGAGGAUGUGCGCGAGGGUCUACGCGAGCUGACACUUGAGGCGCUGCGAUUGGUGCUAGGCGAUCAUGUUGGACUUGGGGCGGCCCUACACCUGCUCGGCAUGUCCCAUGAACAGCUGGAGGCGUCGGCAGCUCUUUGCGAAUCUGGCGAGGCUACCAUAGCAGAGCUCCAGAUGACGCUACGGACGUGUCUGCAGCUGCUCGGUCACCAGCUGCGCCCAGCCCAGUACGACCUACCCCUCAAGAACAGCAUCAGCGGAGCCCUCUCGUCACACGGCGAUGGCGACGCACCUUGUGAACGCCCUAUUUGCGCGCGUUGCAGCGAGCUCGCGGCCCUCUUGGACCAGCUAUUGCCUUUGCUAAGUGCCGCAGCCACAGGCGACCACAUCGUUACUGCUGAUUUCAGCCUGGACGCGCCGCGCACCUCCAUACCUGUGCUCGCCGCGGAUGGGUCGCAUGACGAG